UAAUUAGUAAUAAUUUUAAAUAAAUAAAUACGUGUUUUAAAGUAUAUGGUUUAUAAAGUUUAUACAUGUUACAAGAUUGCUAAAUUUUCAAGCAAUGAAAAAAACAUUGUUUACAGACGUGCAGACCUCGUUCGACGAAUGCAAAAGUCUGAACUGCACCUCGGAAUACGAGUGUUUUUUACGAAGACCAAAAGACAAUUGUCUCGAUCCAUGGUGUACACACCAGCCUGAUUGUAUGCUCACCAUCGAAGAAGAGCUAAUCAGCAAAUAUUGCUACGGCUGGAUCUGUCCACCAGGGCAGAAAUGCGUGGUGCGGAUUUUGGAUUCGUGUAAGGGUUUUAAUUGCACCAUCGAGCGAUCGUGUCGCGCAUCUUCAGUCUCAGCGUCUGCUGGACGCAGCACGAAUGAUGAGGUCGUCGAGUUAUCCCCGGCCAGAAGAACCUUGGUGCAACCCGAAAGGGAGUCGACUCGUCAGGAGGUGGAAAGAAGAACGAACACGCAGACAAAUUAUCCAAUCAUGGGGAAGAAGCCGCCUUUGCCGGUGACUUCAACGCGAAGACAAAGUACACGUCACACGACUACCACAAAGCACAGGCUAGAAGUUUCACCGACUAAUCAGCAAAUUGGAACGACAAAAUCAAAUUUAAUAGAACCUUUGGAACCAUCAACGACCAAUGAAGGCAAAAUUUUCCAGAGCUCGACUUCUCCGGCAACUUUGCCCAUCGACGGAAAAACCGAGCCAACUACGUCGCAUGACACAGAGAGAUCAGAAAUGCCAAGAAAGAUCUACAUAACGACCGACGACGCAUUGCCCCCUCCCAUAAUGCUGGAGGACAUUAACUUCUUUGAGCAAGGUUACCCGAUCUGGAUAAAGAACGAUCCGUAUCGUACGUUAGAAAUGAAGGACAAAGAUGGAUGGAUAUACCACGCGCCACAAGAACCGUACAAGAUUUUAUUGCCGCCGUACGAGCCAGUGAUCCUCGUCGAAGAUGCGAGAAAACAAUUUCUACCAUUCUUCACCGGCGCAUUCUUUACUGACCUUUUUAACGGGGACACUUUAUUACCUCUGCCAGAAAUAACAUCUGCAGAUAUCGAAGAAUUGAAAACGGAUAAUACUCCUACAAUUGCAGACGACAAGACUGCUAAUUAUACAAAUGAUUCUAAGAUUGUCGAGAUGGAAAACAUCAAGACGAAUCAUUCCGAUGACUCGCCCAACGAUCACGCGAAUUUCCAGGCAACGGAAAAGGCAAUUACAAUUUCGCCGAGUACAGGCGACAAAAAAUUGGAUAAUUAUUACGACGAGGACGAAUGGAGACCGUGGUAUAUGAUUCUUGACUAUUCGGAACGGAACGAGCCGCAAUCAAGCCACGAACGAGAGUCCAAAUCAAACGUCGCAACAGAUGAUUUGUAUAAGAAUGAUUCUGAUAAUGCCACGUUUAAAUCGCACAAUUCUAAAACAAAGUAACGACAACCGUAAGAAAAAAAAUGAAAAUGAGAAUAAUUUAAUAUUGUAUACAAAAAAAAAUUUCAAAGCAUCGUUACGUAGACAGAUUUAACACAAUUAAAAAUAAAAUCUUUGAAAUUACUUACAUACGAUUCUAUAAUGUCUAGUCUCGGUACAGCUCGUUAUUAGUGUUUGUAGAUAGAAAUGAU